AUGGCGCCAAGUUGCAAGAGGGAGCGGCGAUGGUGGUGCGGAGCUGAAAUUCGGCGCUCUCUGGGGUUGUGGCAGACGAGCUGGAGAACAGAGGCUGAGACUGGAAGGAAUGAGAGGGAGCCGGAGGGGGUGCGCCUGGACCUGUCUUUGGGAAAUGAGCUGGGGAGAAAAAGCAAUUGGGCUAAAAGGCAGGCGGUCGUAGACUCUGGAGGGGUCGAAAGUAUAGUGCGCGCGAUGGGGAGGCCGGCGAAGAAUCACGAUGCGGAGUUGCGGAAGUAUCCCGAGCUGAAACGCUUUCCCGAACAGCACAGAUGGAACGUUUUCAAAAGCGCUCCUUCCGAUCAGAGAGCCCGGAGGAGCGGGUGGCUCAAGGUCAUGAUCCUGAAGAGGAAGGGACCGGAAUACACAUGGGGCCGAGCGUACAAGGUCAAGAAUCCGGGGGGUCCGGAACUGAUGUUGGACAGCAAGCAGGCUGCCCGAGAGUUUUUACGCUCUAAGACCUUGCCAAUUCUAGACGACCGCGACGAACUGAAAAUAGGAGGACACGGGGCUGGGAGACUCGUGAGCAACCCGCGAGAAGACGUCGAGCUUGAAAAUCUACCGCCACCGAUGGCGCGUGACGUGGAGUAUCGGGGAAUCGCGGCUGAAGAUGGGGACGAGGGAGUGACGGACGGAAGAGGAGAAGAGGGAGACGGAGACCAGGGAGUGGCGGGGGCGGAGGGGAGCGAGGGAGUUGCAGAGUCAGGCGAAGCUGGAGGCCAAGACAGGGGCGACGAAUCGAUGGAGGAGGUUGGGGACGACGAGCCAGAUUUGUCGACCGGUGGAAGCAUGGUCUCCGGAGAAUUUCUCCACGACGUGGCCGCGGAUGAUGACCUUGGGGCAAGCGAGCUGCUCGACGUUGGUCGUGGACGGGAGGGAUUCGGAGCAAGCGAUUCGCUUGACACCAACGGGCGUGGAGAAUGCGGACAGAAUGGAAUGCACGGGGCUUACGUCCGAUCACAGAUAAGCGAUUCGAUAGACGCGAUUUCGUGGCGACUGAAGGUCAUGGUAGCGGUACUGCAGGCGGCGCAGCUGGGGCUAGAGCCGCCCGGAGGCGCCGGACCCUGCCUCGCCCUGCCCGCACGCGGAAGCUUUCCCUCGCCCAGCCUGGAGCCGGCGCAGCUGGGGCUUGAGCCGCCCGGAGGCGCCGGACCCUGCCUCGCCCUGCCCGCACGCGGAAGCUUCCCCUCGCCCAGCCUGGAGCCCGCGCAGCUGGGGUUGGAGCCCGUCCCGGAGGAGCCAGAGCCUGCCGGCGCUCCCCUCUGGAGUUUAGAACGCUACACUGUAUGGUUAGCAGGCGCCGCAGCUGGGGCUGGAGCCGUCCGGAGGUGCGGCCCCCUGCCUCACUCUGCCCGCAUGCCGCCCAGCCUGGAGCCGGCGCAGCUGGGGCUGGAGCCGUGUCACGAUGUAU